AUGGAUGCUGACAGCGAGCAUAAGUCGAAGCUAAUCCCGGAGUCUGCGGGUGUAAACGCUAAAUUUGGAAAAGGUGAACGUUGGAGUAAUGGAGGUGCAACCUCUCGGCGAAGCAGCUCUGAUUCGUUACUCUCAACUGUCCAGUUGGUUUCCAUAUUAUUUUUCACGGUGACAGGGGGUCCAUACGGCUUCGAGGACGUAAUUGGAGCCUCAGGUGGCCUUGCGACAAUGAUCGCCGUCACGACAGCACUCAACUUGAGCGGAGUCGACAUAGUAGGGAAAGCAUCGAUGGUUUUUGGGGUGUCUGUCAUUGCUCCUUUCGUUGCGAUGUUCUUCUUCGCCAUUCCCCAGCUGAAUCUGCAAUGGAUCAGCUUUCCAACACCCAAGCCUUUGAAUUGGCCGAAGCUACUCUCUGUGCUUCUUUGGAACACUUCAGGGUUUGAUUCCGCUGGAGCUUGUGCUGGUGAAGUGAAAGAUCCAGGAAGGUCGUAUCCUCUGGCGUUGCUGGUUUCUGUGGGACUGAUGCUUGUUACCUACAUAGUUCCAGCCUUAGUUGGCUUGAGUGUGGCGCCAUACUUCGAGCUGUGGAAAGGCGGCACUUUUACGGACAUAGCUGCACGUGUUGGAGGCCGUCCGUUAGAGAUUUGGCUGGGACUUGGAGGAGUUGCCAGCGCCUUUGGUCUUCUCUUAACUCGUCUAUGUAUGAGCUCGAGGCUUGUCUAUGGAAUGGCGGUGGCACAUAAGGCACCCCAGUUCUUUCAAUCUGUUGAAGGGAAACAUGGAACUCCUUGGGUAGCCCUUGUUAUCACUGCUUUCUGCACUCUUCUGCUGUCCGGGUCCAAGUUUACACUUCUUGCUGAGGCGGAUAUGGUGUUGUACUGCAUCUCCUCAGCAUUGAAGUUUUCAGCUCUUAUUUACCUGAGAUUCACAGAGCCAGAUGCCUACAGGCCUUUCCGCAUUCCUGUGGGUAAUCUAGUGCUUGUCGGGCUUACGGCUAUUCCACUACUAGUGUGCUUUGCAAUGGUAGUCCUGGGUUCACCGUUCUCACAUCUCGUGGCUCUUUCAUGUACGUCUGAAGCCCAUCUGUUUGAGAGAUGA